AUGGCAAAGAAGAAAAAAACCACCACAGGUCAUAAUAAUAUAACUGCUGAAGAAGCUGGUCGAGAAUUUGGUGUUUCUGUUCGAGAAUUAGAAAAAUUAAUGCAAACACGAGGACAUGAUGGUGUUAUAGAACUUAAUGAAAUAUAUGGUGGUCUUAGUGGUCUUGGACAAAAGCUCAAAACAAAUUUAAUAACUGGUUUAUCCGAUGAUGAAAAUGAUAUAUCAAUACGUGUAACUGCAUUUGGUAAAAAUGAAAUUCCACCAAAACCACCAAAAACAUUUUUUCGUCUUAUGUUUGAUGCACUUCAAGAUGUUACACUUAUUAUACUUAUUAUCUGUGCUGUCAUAUCAUUUGCUUUAUCAUUUUAUCAUCCAGCUGAAGAAACAUUUAUAGCUGAAACUAGACCGAAAGAAGCAAAUGUUGAAUGGAUUGAAGGUGCAGCAAUUAUUAUAGCUGUAAUUGUUGUUGUUCUAGUAACGGCAUUUAAUGAUUGGACAAAAGAACAACAAUUUCGUGGUCUUCGUUCAAAAAUAGAUUCCGAUAAAAAAUUUAAUGUUAUUAGAGAUAAUGUAGUACGACAAAUUCCAACAGCAGACAUUGUUGUUGGUGAUAUAUGUCAAAUUAAAUAUGGAGAUGCAUUACCAGCUGAUGGUGUUGUUGUACAAUCAAAUGAUCUUAAAGUUGAUGAAUCAUCAUUAACAGGAGAAUCAGAUUUAGUUAAAAAACAUGAAUCAAAAGAUCCAUUUCUUCUUUCAGAUACAAAUGUUAUGGAAGGUAGUGGAAAAAUGUUAGUAUUGGCUGUUGGUGUACAUAGUCAAAAAGGAUUAUCAAUGAAAUUGUUAGGUGCAACUAAAGAAGAAAGUAGUGAUGAUAAAAAACCAGCUGUUGAUAAAAAACAAAAUGCAACGGCUAAUAAUCAUGAUGCAACUGAAUUACAAGAAGUUUUACCUGAUAAUGCUAAACAAAAAGAUGAUAAUGAUGAUUCAGAACGUCAUAAUAUUACAGAACGAUCAAUUUUACAAGCAAAAUUAACAAAAUUAGCUAUUCAAAUUGGUUAUGCAGGAAUGACAAUUGCUAUUUUAACUGUACUUGUUCUAUUAAUUCGAUUUUCUGUUGAAGAAUUUAUUCAACGACGUGAACGAUGGAGUAGUAAAUAUUGGAAUCGAAUUGUACGAUAUUUAAUAACAGGUAUAACAGUAUUAGUCGUUGCUGUACCUGAAGGUUUACCAUUGGCUGUAACAAUAUCAUUAGCUUAUGCUGUUAAAAAAAUGAUGUUAGAUAAUAAUUUAGUUCGUCAUUUGGAUGCAUGUGAAACAAUGGGUAAUGCAACAGCAAUAUGUUCAGAUAAAACAGGAACAUUAACAACAAAUCGUAUGACUGUUGUACAAGUAUAUGUUGGUGAAAAACAUUGGAAAAAUGUUGAAAAUCCAGUUAAAGCCAAAGAAAUGGUAAUACCGGCUACAAUAAAAGAAGUUAUUUUUGAAGGUAUAUCUAUUGAUAGUAGUUAUUCAUCAAAAUUAUUACCUCCAGUUGAAAGAGAAACAUUACCAAGACAAAUUGGAAAUAAAACUGAAUGUGCUCUAUUAGGUUUUGUUGGUACACUUGGUGGAAGUUAUGAUGAAAUACGUAUAAAUUAUCCUGAAGAAAGAUUUGUUCAUGUUUAUACAUUUAAUUCUGUAAGAAAAAAUAUGUCAACUGUUAUACGUCGACCUGAUACAACUGUACGUUUAUAUACAAAAGGUGCAUCAGAAAUAAUAUUAAAAAAAUGUAAAACAAUAUUAAAUCGUAAUGGAGAUAUUGUACAAUUUUCAAAUGUUGAUUAUGAUCGUCUUGUACAAACAGUUAUUGAACCAAUGGCAUGUGAUGGUUUACGUACAAUAUCUAUUGCAUAUAGAGAUUUUUCAUUAAAUGAUUUACCUGAUUGGGAUGAUGAAGCAAAUGUUGUUGAUCAAUUAACAUGUGUAUGUAUAUGUGGUAUUGAAGAUCCUGUACGACCUGAAGUACCUGAUGCUAUAGCUAAAUGUCGAAGUGCUGGUAUAACAGUACGUAUGGUUACAGGUGAUAAUGUUAAUACAGCUCGAUCAAUAGCACUUAAAUGUGGUAUUAUAUCACCAAAUGAUAGUUUUCUUGUACUUGAAGGAAAAGAAUUUAAUCGACGUAUAAGAUCAACACCAGAUGGAGAAGUUGAACAAAAUUUAUUUGAUAAAGUUUGGCCACAAUUACGUGUAUUAGCUCGUUCAUCACCAUUAGAUAAAUAUGUAUUAGUUCGAGGUAUAAUUGCAUCAAAAAUAAAUCCAACACGUGAAGUUGUUGCUGUUACCGGUGAUGGAACAAAUGAUGGACCUGCUUUAAAAAAAGCUGAUGUUGGUUUUGCUAUGGGUAUACAAGGUACUGAUGUAGCAAAAGAAGCAUCUGAUAUUGUACUUGUUGAUGAUAAUUUUAAUUCAAUUGUCAAAGCUGUUAUGUGGGGUCGUAAUGUAUAUGAUUCUAUAUCAAAAUUUCUUCAAUUUCAAUUAACUGUUAAUGUUGUUGCUGUAUUUUGUGCUUUUAUUGGAGCAUGUAUUGUUAAAGAAUCUCCAUUGCGUGCUGUACAAAUGUUAUGGGUUAAUUUAAUUAUGGAUACAUUAGCAUCAUUAGCACUUGCAACAGAAGUACCAACAGAAGAAUUAUUAACACGUAAACCAUAUGGACGUACACGACCAUUAAUAUCUCGUACAAUGAUGAAAAAUAUUCUUGGUCAUUCUAUUUAUCAAUUAUGUGUUAUGCUUUUUAUUUUAUUUGCUGGACCUAAAGUAUUUGAUAUUGAUGAUGGUCGUCCAGUUGAUAGUGUAUUUAAACCAUCUGAACAUUUUACAAUGAUAUUUAAUGUAUUUGUAUUAAUGACAUUAUUUAAUGAAAUAAAUUGUCGAAAAAUUCAUGGUGAAAAAAAUGUUUUUCGUGGAAUAUUUACAAAUCCUAUUUUUUGUGGUAUAUGGAUUGUAACAUUUGUUGUACAAAUACUUCUUGUUCAAUAUGGUUCAUUUGCAUUUUCUUGUGUUGCAUUAACAUUUGAACAAUGGAUGUGGUGUUUUCUUUUUGGUGUUACAGUUCUUGUAUGGAAUCAAAUAGUUAAUUUAAUACCGGUGACACGUCAUAUGCCAAAAUGGGGUGCAGGUGAAGUAUAUGAUCAAACAUCACCUAUUGAUAUAGGUCCAGAAGGACAAUCAAGACCAGGAGCAAGUCUAACAAAAGGACAAAUACUUUGGUUAAGAGGAAUAACACGUCUUCAAACACAGAUUGCUGUAGUCGAUGCUUUUUAUCAACCACCAAUAACUAAUCAACCAAUAUUAUCCACGACAUUCAAAGAAUCAAGAUCGAAUACUUUAAAUAAUAUUGGAACAGAAUUAGAGUAA